UUUGAGCCCGGGCGUCUCCGGGCCUGCCACUCUCGCCUUGUUGGCUAGUGGGACUUCUGGUGCACACCGGUCCCAUGGCCUCGCGGGCUCGGGAGCGGGCGAGCGACAUGCUGCGUCUGCUGACAUCCUGCGGCACCCUGGGCCUGGGGUCCAGCGCGCGCGCGCGACCUGCCACCGGGCUCUGCCUCCCGGGGCGCAGCCCCCGCCGCCCGGCCUCCGAUGUCCCCCGGAACCACCCUCCUAGCUCCGAGUUCGUGGCCCGGUCUGUGGGCAUCUGCUCCAUGAUGCGCCUGCCGGUGCAGACCUCACCCGAGGGGCUGGACGCUGCCUUCGUUGGGGUGCCCCUGGACAUUGGCACCUCCAACCGGCCCGGUGCGAGAUUUGGACCUCGUCGUAUCCGGGAAGAAUCUGUGAUGCUGCGGACUGUCAACCCUAGCACCGGGGCCCUGCCCUUCCAGUGCCUCACAGUAGCAGACCUGGGCGAUGUGAAUGUCAAUCUUUACAACCUUCAGGACAGCUGCCGGCUAAUUCGAGAAGCCUAUCAGAAAAUCGUAGCUUCUGGUUGUGUUCCUCUGACCUUGGGUGGAGAUCACACAAUCACGUAUCCCAUAUUGCAAGCACUGGCAAAAAAACAUGGCCCCGUGGGGCUGCUGCAUGUGGAUGCCCACCUGGACACAGCCGACAAGGCCCUGGGGGAGAAGCUCUACCACGGGACACCCUUCCGGCGGUGUGUGGAAGAGGGGCUCCUGGAUUGUAAGCGGGUGGUGCAGAUUGGCAUCCGGGGCUCUUCCAUGACCUUGGAUCCCUACAGAUACAACAGGAACCAGGGCUUCCGGGUGGUCUUGGCUGAAGACUGCUGGAUGAAGUCGCUGGUUCCUCUGAUGGCGGAGGUCAGGCAGCAGGUGGGAGGCAAACCGCUCUACAUCAGCUUUGAUAUUGACGCCUUGGAUCCUGCCUAUGCCCCGGGGACAGGGACACCUGAAAUUGCUGGUCUCACCCCUAGUCAGGCUCUGGAGAUCAUCCGGGGCUGUCAGGGCCUGAACGUCGUGGGCUGUGAUCUUGUGGAAGUCUCUCCGCUGUACGAUCUCUCUGGGAACACGGCCCUCCUGGCAGCUAACCUGCUGUUUGAGAUGCUGUGUGUUCUCCCCAAAGUGACAACUGCCUGAACCUUGUCUCUUCAAGACAAAACUGACGGGCGUGGUUGACAACUUCUCAGGAACUUAUGAGCAAGCAGUCUGAGUACUGAAAAGUGUACGCCAGUAAAGCUUCCUGCUCAGUGUCAUGGUGGCUGUAAAACAAGGACAUUCAGAAUUCUAACCCAAACGCAUUUCUAAGGGUCUGAAUCAACCUUAAAAACUGAAGUACUUAACACUACUUAGAUUUUUUUUUUUUUUUUUUUUUUUGAUGAAAGAUGGAGGAGGAGGAGGGGAAGUGGAUGGAGAAUUUCACUCAAGGUGAAUUCUCAAUCUAAAAAUGAUGGAAUGAAUAAAAAAAUUACAAAAUAAUAUUGUACAAAUAUUCCACAUUUUAUACCAUCUUCCUUUAAAUAGCGCUCCUCUGAGCAGCUUAAGGCUGCUUCUUGGCUUAUUUAUAUACAGUGCUGGUGACUGAACUCAGGGCUUUGCUUGUGCCAGGCCAGUGCUCUAGCACGGAGCCACGUUCCCAGCUACAGCAUCUUGGUUUUAGGCCCACUGAAACAUAAAUAUUUGAAGAAAAUCAACAUGCAGAUCCUAAUAAAGAAAUGUCCUCAGAAGCCCAGGUAACAUGGGCUGAGCC